CCUACUGAUAUCGAGCGGAAAGGCAGACAGAGCUCAGGUAGCAGACGACAAAGAGCGUCCAGCAUGGCGGCGACGGCGACGACGACUCCGACAAUCGUGGUGCACGGCGGAGCCUGGAGCAUUCCAGACGACAUCGCCGAGGCUAGCCAAGCUGGGGUAAAGACUGCGGCUGAGGCAGGGUACAAGGUGCUGACGACGUCAGGCGGCAGUGCACUGGACGCUGUGGAGACCGCUGUGCGUAUCCUGGAAGAUGACGUCGUCUUCGACGCCGGAACAGGCUCAGUGUUGAACAGUGCAGGAGAUGUGGAGAUGGACGCCAUCAUCAUGGAUGGGCGGAGUCUGCGGGCAGGGUCGGUGGCCUGUGUGCAGAACAUCGCCCAUCCCAUCAGCCUGGCCAGACAGGUCAUGGAGAAGACAGACCAUACCAUGAUUGCUGGGGUAGGAGCCAACUUGUUUUCCAAAGAGCUGGGCAUACCACAAGUGCCCACAGACCAGCUAGUGACUGAUGAUGCUAGAAAACAAUGGGAGGAAUACCACAAGUACAAGAGAGCUGUCAACGAACUCUUUGACUCACAACUUGGUCAUGACACAGUUGGAGCUGUUGCUGUAGAUUCGGAGGGAAAUGUUGCCUGUGCCACUUCUACUGGUGGGAUCACUGCAAAAAGGGUCGGACGUGUUGGGGACUCCCCAGUCAUAGGUUGUGGAGCCUAUGCAGACAAUGAGACGGGAGCGGUGUCCUGUACAGGGCACGGGGAGGCCAUCAUGAGUGUGACCUUAGCCAGAACAGUCACCUUCAACAUGGAGCAAGGUGCCAGUGCACAAGCAGCAGCAGACAAGAGUAUUGCGUACAUGAAGCAGCGUGUGGACGGUACGGGAGGAGUCAUUGUUGUGAGCAGGGAGGGGCAGACAGGCGUCAGCUUCAACACCAGGAGGAUGCCAUGGGCAGUAGUGAGGGACGGGACAAUACGAUUCGGAAUGAACCCAGGAGAGAACUUCCAAAAUGAAUUUACCAACAGUAGUUAAUAAAUUCAUCUCUUGAACUUUGAAUAACUACUUUUUAGAGAUAGUGCCAUGUAUGUAGGGUUUUAAAAGAUAACUUGGAUUUCAUGCAUGAGAUUAUUAUCAGCACAGCAUGCUUGUCUAUGCAGAAUUCUAGUCGAUUUUAUUAUGUCUCUUUGGUCAUAUGAUAUUUAUAAUUGUACUUACUAUGGCCAAAAUAUGAUUGUGCUUCUCUACCUCAAUAGGAAAAUAUUAAGUGAAUGUUAAGUAAGAAUGACAAUGACAACUUUUAUCAUGACAAAUAAAUUUUCUAUUAUAUCAUCAUCAAUCAAAUGAGAACACCUCUUCAUAUUAUUUACAGUUAUUGAAUCAACAAAUAAACAUAAUAAAAAUUCCACAAUUCCACCAGGACUUAUCUUGUUCCCAGGAACUUCAUUUAGUGCAUAACAAAAGGGUGUAUAAUUCCUCACUUACUCAAAGUAGGCAAUAGCUUACCUUAUACAUGGAGUAUACAACUUCUGACACAAUUGACCU